AUGGCGACGGACGCGGAGGCAUUGCUGCGGGUGAGGAAUCGCUUCCGUCAGGAGGCGCAGGCGGUGCUCACCGGGGAGUCGCUGCGGUCGGCGGCAGAUUUAGAAGAUGAAGCAAAGAAGAAAGAAAAACCACUUCCUCGAUUUAAUGUACACUCUCUAUUCUGGAUUUUAUCUUCCAUUGCAGUGACGUACUAUGUUGAUUUUUUUUCCACAAUUAAAACAGAUUAUCGAAUAGAAGGUCGGUGGUUCCUUUUGGGCAGCUCACUGCUGAUAAUUAGCUUGCUCAUUGCUAUCUACUGCAUAUUUUAUCUGGAGUGGUACAAGGGGGUCAGAGAAUAUGAACAGUAUAAUCCUACGCUGGUUCCUUCAGCUACAGCUGCUUUUAUUGCUGCAACAGUGUGCUUUAAUAUUGCACUGUGGCCAGUGUGGUCUUUCUUUACUCCUUUUAUCCUUUUCACUCAAUUUAUGGGUGUUGUAAUGUUUGUAUCUCUCCUGGGGUAAUGAUCUGCAGAGUUCAGUUUGAUGUGUCCUGCAAAUAAAGGUAGUCUUUCAUGAAACUAAGGUUGUCAAGUUCAGUGAAUUUAACUUGCAUUUUUAAAAAAAUAAGCAUGUACAAUUUAUCCUUGAUCUAUAAUUAAGUUUGUGGAACUAGACUACUUUUAUAAAAGCUAAAGGAAAUCACAAUUAUGUAGUUCUGUGAAUAGUGUAAUUAAAGAAUUUAAUAAAAUUUGUAAAACCAUGAACAAAUAUGUGAUCUUUGAACACAAGUGUGGAGCUCCCUGAAACUGCAGCUGAUUUGGCUGUUUAAGGGCGAGGUUCCCUGACUUGUGGACUGCCAAGGAAAUUUGCAAAUAUCUUUGUCAGCCAUUGACAAAAGAUCCAAAUGACCAACUAUCUUCUGAUUGAUUCGCCACUUUCCUCAUGCACUCCUUUAAUGAUGGCAAUCCAAAAUAUGACCUGAUCAGUGUAACAUGAUCCCAGCAUUCUGCAAGUGCCUUUUCAUUUAGUACUGGGUUUCAGUUCUUUAUUUUAGUGGAUGAAUACAUCCAAGGCUGCUUGUAAAUACAUUUUAAAAUAAAGACCAGGUUAUAAAAGUUAUUUCUUUAGAAAUGCUGUACCAACUAGGAAGGAGACCAAAAGGCAGGGGAAAUCAGCACUGAUACUGUUUGUGUGUUGCCUAAUUUAAAAGAGCAUAUUACAAAUUUGAAUGUGCUUCAAAUGGAUCACAAGAUUGCUGUAACUUCCAAGUUAAUUCUAUGAAAAUUGUAUGUAAACUCUUGAACAAACAGUGCAGAUUUUUGUUGAGUAGUAUUCUAAUAAAGCUUUAAAUUUACAUAGCAUUUCUCUAUUUCUGUAUAUGUAAAACCACUGAAACUUGUAUAAAGUAAAUGAAACUAAGCUUUCUCAUUUAAAACAUGGUUGUUUAUUGUACAUUCCUCAAGUUUAAAAGACCAAUGACUGUCUUCAAUGUCAAUAUAAUGCAUGUUAUUGUUUCUUUUAUAUGAUCUUUUGGCAAAACAUAAAAAUAAAAUACUG